CCGUCGACAUGCGUAGUCAUGCCGAGCGGCCAUUAUUGCCCUAGUAUAGUAUAAAAGCGCCGUGUAAGCGCUUGUCUUCGCAUUACUUGGCAUUUUAGCAUCGAAGUUGUAUGUGAUACGGAUUGACAGUGAUAAUUGUCAUUAGUGAAUAUUUUACAAGAGAGGGCAACUCUAUAAACUUGAAUAGUAGCCACUUUUGAGAAUACGACUUUUUUCUUUACGCAAUUUGUCUUCUUAUAACGAGCUCAAAGAUGACUUCAAGCGUCAGCUUUAAAGUUUAUUUGACCAACGACGACGAUCGUCAUACGAUUAAGGAAGUGAGACGAUUUGGGAUUGACAAGGACGUUUCCGAGAGUUUCCUAUACUUUCGCGAAAAGCUGCAGACAAUUUUUUCAAGUCUACGUGGAAGACAUUUUUCUGUCUAUUGGAAAGAUGAUGACAACGAUAAUAUCGUUGUCUCUAGUGACGAGGAACUGAAUAUAGCUAUGGGAAAUGAUCAGGCCAAAGCGUUUAAAUUUUACGUGACGCCUCACUCCGAUACUCCUGUAGUGCCUCCUAGAAAUCAGAUGCCACAGUGUAAUUCUGGUCAAAGUCAUCCUGGAAUAAUCUGUGAUGGUUGCGAUAAAGGGAUCAGAGGCUUUCGAUAUAAUUGUAUUCAGUGUCCAGAUUAUGAUCUCUGUGCAUCUUGUGAAGCUAAGGGCUUGCACCAGGAGCAUUGCAUGAUUCGUAUUGCAAUUCCUAUGCAGUGGAAAUCUCAGUAUAACCGACGCUUUGCUCAUCUUAUGAAUAGAUUUGCCAAAAAGGCUGCAGCUUGUGAAGCUAAGGAAGAGGCCCAGAAAAAAUGUCCAUACCGAAGCAACAGACAUUCAAGAUCACAUCAUCAUGAUCCUGAAACUCCUUCCUGGAUGGAGACUCUGCUGACAUAUUUAAAUGAUUGGACCAAUCUUCCUGAAGAUGGACAUUGCUCACUAUUUGAAAAAUCAGAAAAAGCAUCUCAAAAAUCUAAGUUCAAUGAAGGCAAAAAACCUGAGGAUGAUAAGAAGCCACUAGAUCUGCACAACGAGUUUUUAAAAAAUUUGGGUGACAACAUAUCCCAAAUACUGGAUCCUUUUGGCAUUGACGUGAAUGUUCAAGUCAGGAAUGACGACGUUCCAGUCGCAUCACCAGCGUCAAAUCAAGAUGAAAAAACACCACAAGCACAGCAAGUUCCUGGGGAAAAUAUUCCAAAGUUUCCAGGCGAGGGAAGGAAGCUGCAAGAAAGUCCAGAGAGGGAGUCUCCUGCAGCCAAGCCAUCACCAAUACCACCCACACAUUCUGAAAUUGUUGCUGAGAAACCAAGUUUAGAAAAUGAAGGCUGGACAGUACUGAAUAAUCUUGAUGGAUAUCCUCCUGUAGCCACUCCAGCAGUUCCUGCUGUUAAUUUUCCAGCUCCAGAACCAAUAAAUGCAUCAAACGGACAAAUGUCGAAUGUACCGUUUUCUACAAAUACACCUCAUCUUAUUCCUGUGCAUAAUAUACCAGUACCAGCCUCAGCCUCAGCCUCAGCUUCAACAACAAUACCAGUACCAACUCCAAUAACAGCACCAAUUUCAACUCCAGUAACAGCACCAACUUCAACUCCAGUAACAGCACCAACUUCAAGUCCAGUAACAAUUCCGUUCUAUCCUGCUACAGUAGCGUCCACUCCUGGGGCUUCGCACAAUAAUGGAGCUAUACCUAAGCAGGUUCCUACCGAAUACCAGCAAGAUAAUCCUGUGGUUCAAAAGCCAAUAUAUCCUCAGCUUCCAAAUAGAGUGACAUAUCAUUCUGAUCCAAAGAUUCAGGCUUCCGUAGAAGCGAUGGUACAGAUGGGAUUCAAAAACGAAAACGGAUGGCUUACCGAUUUACUUGUAGCUAAGAAUGGCGAUAUCAGCAAGGUACUGGACGUACUGCAGCCGGUGUUACGUUAAACUUGUAACAUCCUUUACCAGAGCAGAACAAAAACAGGUUCAGCAUAAUCAAGACUUUAUAUAUCUCUUACGAACAAUAGAAUAUACUACAUAUAUACAUUCCACUGUUCUUAUAAAAAAUCAAAAUUAUUGUAUUUAAUCAAGAAAAACCCCCCAAAAAAAUAUUGAUAUCUCAAUUAUAUAGGGCAUCAUGACAAAUGUCACUAGAAUAGGAUAGUGCUAUGGUGUUUGGAACAAAACUUGUAUUCUUAUUUACUCUUUAAAGUAAAGCAUAUAACAUUAAUAAUAACCGUGGUUGAAA